GCCAUGAACUGAGUCUGACGCGUUAACUUGCGCGACAUUCCUGAAUUCUCCUCCUCGAAAUCGUGUCACCUUGUUCUCCUCAGUGCUCCGAAGAAAGGUCCUGAGCACUCCGAAUGGCCUCCGGACCUCAAGGAUGGUGGGACGGCGGCCCCGAGCGGCACGGAAUACGACUCAACCAUUAACAAGUCGCUCCUCCUUGGUGGCGCACACAUAUCCCUCUUUCUAUGCUUGUUAUCUUUUAAAGUCUAUCAAGACUCCGAACUCGAAAGCCACGUAUAUUGGCAGCACACCGAAUCCUCCGCGACGAAUAAGACAGCACAAUGGCGAGCUCACCCAGGGCGCGUGGAAGACGAAGCGCGGGCGACCCUGGAUCAUGCAGCUCAUAGUACAUGGAUUCCCUUCGAAGCUGGCUGCCCUCCAAUUUGAAUGGGCAUGGCAGCACCCCCACCUCUCUCGACAUCUCAAGGACGGCAGCGGGCAACCCCUCGCCGCGCACAGGAACAAAGGCAUAAAAAAUAACAUACAAACCCUCCUCAUGAUGAUCACCAGCCACCCCUAUAACCUCUGGCCGCUGCACGUCAAGCUCUUCACCGCCGAAGCCGAAAAGUUUUGGGGGAUGCUAGUGAAGGCGCCCGCGUAUCGGGCGCUGCCGCGCGGGCUAACCGCCACUAUCGAGCUCGAAGGUGUGGACGGGAAAUCGGGGACGCGCGGCUCGGGGCGGACGGGGCCGGUCGAUGUGGCGGAUACCCACUUCACCUCGCAAUAUCUGGCGAAGAGCACGGCCGUGGCCGCCUCCGCGACAAAACCGGUCUGCUCCGUAUGCGGCGAGCAGAUUGUGGAUUAUACAUCAGACCCCCUCACCACGACGCUCUGCCCCACCAGCGGCUGCAUGUCGACCGCGCACUUGAUGUGCCUAUCGCAGGACUGGCUCGCUGGCGAGCCUGACAAUCAGGGCCUCAUCCCCCGCGGCGGGCACUGCCGCGAGUGCAAGUCCUACGUGCUCUACGGCGACAUCAUCCGCGGGAGCUAUCGGCGGGCGGCGGGGAAGGCCGUGGUUUUGGAGGACGAGGAGGAAGAGGCCCUGGUAUUGGAGAAUGAUGAAGAGGAUGGGGACGGGAAAGAGGACGAUGCGAAUGGGAUGGAGGAGGAGGAAGAGGAGGAUAUCAGCGAGUCCGACGGAGAGCUUCCUGUGGCAGGGCCUUCGCGUGCGGUACGGGGUGGUCCGUCUUUGCAGGGAAAGCGGACGUCUUCGCCAGAAAAGCGGACGCCUUCUCCUCUCAAGAAGGCAGUCACUCAAGGCAAGCGCGUCACUCGAAAGGUGGCCGUCGUCGGCCCCGAUUCGAGCGAGGGCGAGGCGUUCGACUUCGACGUGAGCGGGACCUCGGACGACGAAGAAGCGCCGAUUAUACCUAGGGCGAAGCCCAUACCGAAAACCAUAUCGCGGGCAGCUGGCAAGUCGAAGGCGACUGUUGCAGGCAAGACGAAGGCGACUACCGCUGGCAGAGCGAAGGUGUCUACCGCUGGCAAAGCGAAGGCGACCACACUCAUUCGCCCUCGCGGCCGACCCAGGGAAGACGUGCGCGGUCGACCUCGCAAAGACGCCGCCGACACGAGCGAGGGUGAGGAGUUCGACUUCGACGUCAGUGGGAGCUCGGAUGAGGAGGCCGCGGCGCCUUUGCGGACGACGAAUAAACCCGCUUCGCGAGUGGUGACGAAGCCCGUUCUGCGCGCUGCUGGCAAGCCCUUGUCGCGAGCUGCUGGCAAGCCCUCUUCGCGAGCAAAGCCUCCUUCUCAAGCGAUCAACGAGGUGCCACUAAUCCCUCAGAAACGCCCGCGAGGGCGUCCAAGGAACGCUGCAAACGCGAGAGGUCUGCACACCGACUCGAGCGGGGAGGCGUUCGACUUCGACGGGAUCAGGGGGAGCUCGGAGGAGGAGGAAUCAAUUCCUCGUCCGCAGAGGCAGCAGGAUAUGCAGGGGCAGUCGAAUGGCUCAACACUCAGCAGUCCAACAAGGCAGAUCGCUCGCGCUCUGGGCGCGCUGACGAUGGACUCGCCGAAAAGAAAAAAGGCUACGAAAUAUAUCGAGAUUUCGGAUUAAAAUAUAUACACCUCUUAUAGUCAUCCGAGC